AUGAAGUCCUCUGUCGCAAUCUUUGGUACUACGCUACUCGCCACGUCUAUCAUCGCCUCUCCUCUCACCUUUCAGCGACAGGCGGACGGUACCUCGGAAGUGCUCUAUCUAAAUCAAACGUCCCAGGAGACUUACAGCUCAAACUGGGCUGGGGCUGUACUUAUUGGUACCGGAUACACUUCGGUAUCCGGAGAGAUCACAGUUCCUAUCCCCCAACUUCCAAAUGGUGCUAAUUCCUAUACAAAUUACUGCGCCUCUGCAUGGGUUGGCAUCGACGGUGAUACUUGCAGUACAGCCAUUCUACAAACAGGAAUCGAUUUCUGUAUUCAAGGAUGCUCUACGUCAUAUAGUGCGUGGUAUGAAUGGUAUCCAGACUACGCCCAUGACUUUAGCAACAUCCAGAUUUCUGCUGGAAAUGUGAUCAAAAUGACAGUCGAUGCAACUUCGAAGAGUUCUGGCUUUGCUACUGUUGAGAAUCUAUCCACAGGCGUGUCUGUGACGCACAUAUUCCCCAGUGGCCUUGGGGGUGACCUCUGCGAGUUCAACGCCGAAUGGAUUGUGGAGGACUUUUCUGUAAACAACGCAUUGGCUCCUUUUGCCGACUUUGGCACUGUAGUAUUCUCAAGUGCAGCUGCCUCACGCGGUGGGAAUACUUACGGACCAUCGGGUGCUACCUUGAUGGAUAUCUAUCAGGAUCGAAUUCUCACAUCUUCUUCUGUCACCGGGAAUACGGUCACUAUUAGUUACAUCUAG